AUGGAUAAGCAACCUGGGAGCUCAACCACGCAGGCAUCGGGUAUUGACCUAUCAGACAGCGAAGAUGGCACCUGCGAACUAAGGCGCGUACCAGACAGCGUUCCCGUCAUGGUCUGGAUAGUAGCUAUGGCAGGGUUCUGGGAGCGAGCAGCCUUUUGGGGCAUCUCUGGGCCUUGGCAAAACUACAUGGAGAAUCCACGAAAUUACACAACAGACGGUACCCCGGGAGCCCUGAGUCUCGGCCAAGCAACAGCAACACGCAUCUUCUGCGGCUUCUUCGUAGUCUACUUCACCUCCCCAAUCCUGUUUGCACCACUGGUGGAUAGCCGUGUGGGUCAGUACAAGACUUUGGUCAUCAGCCUAGGAGUUUCGUACCCGAGCAUGCUUGACCGAGGAGCCGGCCUACCCGGUUUACUCAUGUCAAUGGCUUUGAUCGCCUUAGGAGGCGGGUGUUCACAAGCCACCAUUAGGUCCUUUAUUGCUGCGCAGUACAAGGAUAGAACCCCACGACUCCGAAAUCGCCCGCCAUCUCGAAAUCGAUGCUUGGAUUUCCUUCGAAAGCGGCUGCAAAAUACAAACUUCGUCAAAUGGCUGCCAGCAGCUGCGACUGAAGAAGUCGUCGUGGUCGAUCCCGAACUUACGCUCAAGUUCAUCUAUACCUUGCUGUUUUGGGUUGGGAAUCUAGGCGCACUCUUGGUGUUCCCAAUUGUUUGCAUCGAGAGAUUAUUUGGCUUCUUUCCCGCCUUUGUCUUGGGCGGCGGCAAUGCCCUCAUGGCCUUCUUGAUCAUCAUUGCUGGCAAGAAAUACUUUGUAAAACCUCCGCUUGCAGACAAUGUAAUGAUACCAGCGGCAAAGGUGCUUGGCUGCGCUGCGCGCAGCGGGUUUAACAUGAAGCGUACAGAUCCUGCUUACCAGCUUGCGGAUCGAGGCAAAAUAGUGCCAUGGAGUAGCCAAUUCUCCGAUGAAAUCACUCGCGCAUUAGGUGCUUGCAGGGUCCUCCUAGCAUUCAUCAUUUUCUACGUUUGCUUCGACCAAAUGCAGAACAACUUGAUUUCUCAAGCAGGUGAUAUGAACAAAGGACGGACACCCAACGAAGUCGUACCCAACAUGAACCAGGUCGCAUGCAUCGUCAUUAGCCCAUUGGUCGAAUAUGUUCUUGAUCCAGCACUAUCCAAGCGACACAUUUACCUGAAGCCCGUCACUCGGAUCGCAAUUGGCUUUAUCUUCGUCUCCCUUUCCAUGGCUUAUGCAGCUGUAGUACAGUACUUCAUUUACAAUUCCCCGCCUUGUUUCAAUCACCCCUCGUCAUGCGGGGACCGUCAUAUGGUAUCCCAGCAACGACCGAACAUUUGGAUACAAACGCCCGUGUUUGUGCUCAUGGCCGUGGGCGAGGUCUAUGCCAUGACCACGGCCAUGGAGUAUGCAGAGACGCAUUCGCCCAAAGAGAUGAAAGUGCUCGUACAGUCUAUCAACAUGCUCAUUACUGGCGUCGGUUCCGUGUUUGCAAUGGCAAUCGCUGAAGCGGCCCGCGACCCAUAUUUGAUGAUUUUCUACUCCAGCCUGGCCGGUGCCAUGGCUCUCACGACAGUUAUAUUCUACGCCUUGUUUCGGAACAAAGACAAAGAGGAGCCAAACCUUCCGUUUGAUACAGAGGGCAUCAUAAAGAUAGAGAAUGAAGAGGACAAUGGCAUUCUUUGUACGGCAUGUACACCACAGGAGUCUGUACACCCAGAUACGACUAUUGGUACCCAGACUACGGUCACCAAGGCAGAUUAA